GGCCGACGUUGCUCCAAAUGGAGUCACAGCCGCCCGCUGUGCGUCGCGUCUCGCCAUGAAAAACAAGUAAUGACCCUAGAAAGAACACAACUAAACAAUGGAAGGAAUACUGUAUAAGUGGACAAAUUACAUUAGUGGACGAUGUCUCUUUUAGGUUGGCAGCCACGUUGGUUUGUUCUUGAUGGAGGAACUCUGUCUUAUUAUGACUCCCAAGAAGAUGCCUGGAAAGGAUGCAAAGGAAGCAUUAAAAUUUCUGUGUGUGAAAUCCAAGUUCAUUCCUCUGACUUCACACGAGUUGACCUGAUAAUACCAGGAGAACAGUACUUUUACCUUCGAGCCAUCAAUGCAGCAGAGAGGCAGAAAUGGCUGGUGGCCCUGGGAACAGCCAAGGCUUGCCUUACAGAUAAUAGAACUAAGAGAGAGAAAGAGCUUCAGGAGAACACAGAGGCACUGAAAACUAAGAUGUCUGAACUCAGGUUGUAUUGUGACCUUCUCCUCCAACAAGUAAACAAGAUCAAGGACAGUGAUGAGCUCAGCGACUCGCCAGAGGCAGGUAUGGACACUGGAAAUAUGGUGAGGUCUACAUGCACCACUUUCCUGAAGACUCUGGAGGAGUGUAUGCAGAUAGCUAAUCACACUUUCAGUGCAGAUAUGGUAAUGCAGAGUCCGCCUGGCUCUCCCCCAGUAGCAGCUAUUAAACCACAAAAGCAGAUCAAACCUGUCAAUCAGUCAAAUCAGAACUCUGUAGAAAAGUGGAGAGCAUCGGGUGAAUUCUCAGCAGAAUCAAUAGCACACAAUGACCAUAACCUAGAUUCUGGACCAGAAGAACUAGACAGACCAGACACACCCAUGCAGAGAACAAAACUGUCCCAAACAGACAACAAUACUGCUGGCGAUGACAGCAUAUUGUCUGCAGAGGAAGCGGAGAAGGCUACCCAGAAUCCCUCUGAGUCUGAAAAUGUUGACCAACCCAGAGAGGAUGGUGAUAAUGAAGGAGUGAGAGAAGAAGGGCAGAAGCACAAAGCAGACCAAAGUCAAGAACACAACAAACAGGAAGUGAGCCACCUCCAGCCUCAGGACCAACAGGAAGCUAUUACUGACCAGGACGAGUCCGAGUUUAAAGACUGUACCUUCCAGGAUUCCACACAGCCAGAAGAGACAGAGCAGGUGGAAACAUUCUUCAGCACAAUGAGUCACAGAUUUAGUGAUAUAAGGCUGGAUGACGACAAUGGUAUCCCAACACAAGACUUUUUGGACUCAUGCUAUGCAAUAGUGCCUGUAUUAGACAAGCUGGGCUCUACAGUGUUUGCACCAGUUAAACUGGAUUUUGUAGGAAACAUCAAGAAAAUUCACCAGAAGUUGGUGUCAGAACCCGAGAGCUUCCCCACACUACAGUCCAUUGUGUUGCAUGAGGUGGAAACUGAUGUAGCGCAGGUCCGUAACUCGGCCACGGAGGCUCUGCUGUGGCUCAGACGAGGCCUCAAGUUCCUUAGGGAGUUCCUGUCGGAGGUCAAUACAGGGGAACAAGACAUCCAGGGCGCACUUAACACUGCCUACGGAAAAACCCUUCGGCAGUACCACGGAUGGGUUGUGCGAGGGGUAUUUGCAUUGGCCCUGAGAGCUGCCCCAUCGUACGAAAGCUUCACGGCUGCCUUGGUGUCCAGAGAAGGUGACGAGCUGAAGAAGGACUUCAUCAGCGGCAUGCACAGGGACCUCGGCAUGUACCUGCCCGCCAUGGGGAAGCAGUUGGCUAUUCUAGACGCCCUGUAUGAGGAGUACAACCUGGAGUCCGACGAGGUGGUGUGAGACUGACCGGAAUACGACUAAAGGAUCUUGCCGCAAGGAAGAAGCCUGACCCCAGAGGCCAGGUGGCAACCAGGUGCUGUGAAGCAGGGGCUAGACUAGAGGCUAGGCCUAGGGUGAACGCGUGCCACAAAGUAUCAUGGGUACAAAAUAGUCUAAAAUGUUUCAGUUAACUUCUCAAACUCUACAGGCAGUAAAGCAUACAGUUUGAAAGGUUUAAAAGUCUGGGUUUAGUAGCCCUCAGGGGGGAGAAAGGCAUUACUAAUACAGUGGUUGUGGGUCAGCAAGUUAUGCCUUUGUUGAAAGGCACUCAUUGAUAGAGGGUUGUGUAGGAUUGUGCCCGUUGUAUGCAGACUCCAACCAUACUGAUUUAUGUUGCCGUUUGUCUUGGUGCACAUUUUGUCAUGGUAUUGAUGUGUGCUUCUUAUGUACUACAUGCACUCUUUUGGUACAUAAAUAUAGGGUAUUGGACUCUAGCGAACUUAACGAAAUAUAUUUUUGAUCAAGGCUAUCCUGUUACCCUCUUAUAAAAGGAUUUUAUAUAGACAUCCUUAAAACUGACACAAAGGGCCAUUUGGAUUAUUGUUAGUUUGCCCAAAAUAUGCCUUCAAUAUGUGACCGAAUCUCAAAAUGGGCAAAUCUUUUUGACGUAUCUUGCACUGACUGUUGAAGUUGUCCAUCGAGAUUUGUGGUCAGUACUGACAUAUCUAUCUAUCUAGAUGGAUAGAUAUCCCUAAAGUUUGAAUCUGAAUGCGGUAGUCGGGCAUUGUUUUCCUGUCUUCACAGUACUGAUAACUCAUAAGCUAUUGCUCUAGACAGAGACUCCACAGGACCAAAAGAGGACGGCUUAAGCUUGCGCUGCCCAUCACAAUACAGGAGAGCAUAAUCUAGUUGUCCGAGUACUGUCAGCUGCUCGAACUCGAUAACGGCCGUAUUAUUUAUUUCAAGAUCCUCUGCACAAAUCUAUGCAUACUUUGUAUUCUUCUCUAUAUAUCUCCCCAGUCUAUUUAUUAAGUUAAAUGUUUCAUGAUUAAAAUCAUUUGAACCAUUUUGAGUUUUAUGUGGGCUGUAUGGGCCUCUGCAUUCAUAGAGCAUGGUUACUGGUUGCAUGAGCUACUGUGUAGGAUCUCAUGGGUGGCAAUGGAAACCGAAUAGCGAAUUAGGCCUUGAUUUACCGUAGUAUUGUAACAGUCAGAUUAUUAAGGCCAUAACACUGAUCUUUCCUCUCAUCUCUGCUCUUGAUAACAAAUAGUGUUGCUCAGACAGUAUUAAUAACCAUGGGAUGGUGGACACUCCUUCAUUGCCUGGACUUGCAGUUUUGAAUGUCAGCAAGUUUGAUCGUGUAAUCCCCCCCUUCCCCUUUUUCUCUCCAAGUGUACUUGGCCAAUUACCCCACUCUACCGAGCUGUCCCGGUCGCUGCUCCACCCCCUCUGCCGAUCAGGGGGAAGGCUGCAGAUUACCACAUUCCUCCUCCGAUACAUGUGGAGUCGCCAGCCACUUCUUUUCACCUGACAGUGAGGAGUUUCACCAGGGGGCGUAGCACGUGGGAGGAUCACGCUAUUCCCCACAGUUCCCUGUCCCCCCUUAACAAGGCGCCCCAGCUGACCAGAGGAGACGCUAGUGCAGCGACCAGGACACACACCCACAUCCGGCUUCCCAACCGCAGACACGGCCAAUUGUGUCUGUACGGACGCCCGACCAAGCCGGAGGGAACGCGGGGACUCAAACUGGUGAUCCCCGUGUUGGUAGGCAAUGAAAUAGACCGCCAUGCUACCCGGAUGUCCUUGACCGUGUUAUUUAUUUAUUUAUUUAUUUUCCCAGUUUUUCCCCCAAUUGUACUUGGCCAAUUACCCCACUCUUCCGAGCCGUCCCGGUCGCUGCUCCACCCCCUCUGCCAAUCUGGGGAGGGCUGCAGACUACCACACGCCUCUUCCGAUACAUGUGGAGUCGCCAGCCGCUUCUUUUCACCUGACAGUAAGGAGUUUCACUAGGGGGACGUAGCACGUGGGAGAAUCAUGCUAUUCCCCCCCAGUUCCCCCUCUCCCCGAAUAGGCACCCUGACCGAUCAGAGGAGGUGCUAGUGCAGCAACCAGGACACAUACCCACAUCCGGCUUCCCACCCGCAGACACGGCCAAUUGUGUCUGUAGGGACGGCCGACCGAGCCGGAGGCAACACGGGGAUUCGAACCGGUGAUCCCCGUGUUGGUGGGCAACAGAUUAGAGCUACUCUACCCAGACAACCUUGAUCGUGUUGUUUGUGCCCUGCCUGACAUAACACCUGAGGGGCAUUGCUAGCCUGCAGUCAGUCUGUUAGGACGUCCUUUCGUCCAUUUGAAAAGCUUCAUCAACAAAACCGAGGGUUCAAUUAAGAAUCCAGUCCCGGGCCAGUGUUUAAUGAGACUAUACAUGUGGUUUUGCCAUAAACUGACUGACAGCCAUUGGAACAAAGCAGGAGGGUUGUUCACAUUGCUUUUAACCGGAGACAUGACAUAACACUUUAAAAAGUACUCUCCCCAUCCUUUGAGUUUACAGAAGGUCAUAACAAGUCAUGGGCAGGGGCGUUUACGUCAGAUAUGCAAUAGACUAAUUUCCUGUUAUGUAUUAUUCCUAAUGUUAAUCCUGUAUUGUGUCUUAAUACAAGUUGAUUUUUUUUCUAUAAAUGUAAAUAAGACGAUAUUUGAUUUUUACUUAAUAAACCUAUUGAAAAUA